CAAAUUUAAUGUCAAUUUAAAAAUUAACAAUUGAAAUUGUAUUGAUUGUAAUAGGCACAUGGUUUAUUUUUUAAAUUCAAUUAUAAGAAAAACAUUAUAAGAUGUCUAAUUUACUAGAAGUUUUAGUAACUAGUGAUUCUAAUAAUACUAUGUGGACAUGCUGUGUUUGGGAUCCUCACAAUGGUACAAGUCUGAUGACUUACAAGGGUGGUGGAACUGCUGAAUUGAAGACACUUUCUUUUAUCGACAACGAUUACCUUGUUGCUGUUGAGAAAGCUAAACCCAUUCUCCACGUUUGGCCAUUGAACUCGCAUCAAACUGUGCAAGGCAUGCGUUUCGUUCUGCCGGGUAAAGCUAAUGCCUUCGCUAUUACAAAAGAUGGAUCGUUUUGUGCUGCAGGAAUCGACGAGAAGAUAUAUGUUUGGCAAAUUGCGUCUGGUAGUUUAUUAACAAUAUUAAAUCGACAUUACCAGAAGGUGAAUUUGAUAAAGUUUACAAGUUGCGGCCGGUAUUUUGUGUCCGCCGCCGGAGAUGGAAUGGUAAUGGUAUGGUCGUUGGCUGCUAUCGCCACACACCCUGAAGUGGAGUUGGUCACCCAGACUCAUGCUGGCCAACAUGACCCAGUUUACAUAUUUUCAGAUCAUUCAUUACCUGUUAUAGAUUUUUGUCUUAGCAAAAUGGGCAUGCUAGGACGUCUAUACACAAUUUCUAGCGACAGAUCUUGCAUGAUUUAUGAUCUUACUACUGGAGAAAUGUUAUUGAAUUUAGUAUUUGAUAUACCAUUAUCAAGUAUUGAAUUGGAUGUGUUGGAGUUAAAUGUGUUUAUUGGAACUAUGAAAGGAGAUAUUUAUCAAUUUAGCCUAACAAAUCCGGUUAGAUAUAAGGAGACGUUGGUGACUGACAAAAAUAGUCAUAUUUUUUCUAGUCAUAAUGAUGUGGUAACUUGUUUAUCUGUUUCUCUCGAUGGUGAAACAUUAAUGUCAGCAUCAAAUGAUAAACAACUCAUUUUAUGGCAUAUAAGAAGUAGACAGCCUAUAAGAACAAUAAUGCAUAAAGGCCCAAUUACAAAUGCUUUCUUUACACUUAAUCGCCCAGCAAUAUACACACAGGAUUUUAAGCCUAAAGUUAUUUUACAUAGCUUAGAACGAACAUUAGAAAGAGACAAUGAUGAUAUUACAGAGUUGGAAAUUUUAGUUGACAAAAAAAUCAACUUUUGGCCAGAAUAUCAAGAAAAAAGUUUGGAAAUUGUAGAACCCACAAAGAAAGCAGAAACAGAUGUUAACAAAGAAAAGAAAUUGCUUAAAGAAGAAUUGAAUCACCUUAAAAAGAUUAAUGCGAGUUUGUAUGCUUAUUCCAUUAAUAAGGCAUUAACUUCUCCAAGUAAUGUUGAAAAACCUAAACCUAAUAAAAAGAAGAUAAGGAAGACAUUUAAAUCUUAAAAUAAAUUGUAAUUCAUAUGAGUGUAAUUGUUAUAUAUAAACAUUGUAUAUGUUGCAAUUAUCUAAUGUCAAAAAUUAUUAAUUUGCAGCAUUUAUAUCCAGUUAAUUAUUUUCAGCAUUGCUAACUAAGUGAACAUAAAGACAUUGGAUUGA